AUGGCGGCCGCCGGGGACGAGCCAGGUUCUGACCCUGCCGGCGGCGCCCGGUUCUUCUGCACGGCGGGUCGCGGCCUGGAGCCGUUCUUGAUGCGGGAGGUGCAGGCACGGCUGGAGGCUACGCAGGUUGAAUAUGUUUCAGGAAAAGUGUUUUUCACCACCCAUUCAGAUUUGACCUCAAUGAAGAAGUUGAAGUCAGCAGAAAGACUGUUUUUGUUGAUUAGGAAGCAGCUUCCAAUUGCAAUUCCUUCUCUGAGCAAAGGAAAAUUACUUACUGAGCUCCAGAGACUUAUAAAUGAGGAUCCAGGAAGUUGGCUGAAGGCCAUUUCGCUUUGGAGAAAACUUCUUGAACGUGAUAAAAAAGGAGAAAAAGUUUCUCAAAGGGAUGUUAAUGUACUAAAGCGAAAAAUGGGAGGAAAUGAGAUUGUCCUUGCCAAGAAAUUAAAACCAGAGGAGAAGCAGAUGGUUGAAGAGAGCCAAGGGGAAGGCCAGCGCGACGGGCUUCCCGAAGACUCGCUGGAACAAGGGGAUGCUAUCACUAAAACUGACCAGCUUCAAGAGCAUGGACUCCAGGAUGACAUGGUGAAGGCAGCUGACACUCAGAACCAGGACUUGACCUUCAGGGUUUCCUGUCGCUGCAGCGGAAAUAUCAGAAAGGCCUUCCCUCCACAGGAGGCAGGAAGAGUGGUUGGAAUUGCUCUCAUGAGGAAGUUUGGAUGGAAAGCCAAUUUAAGGAAUCCACAUUUAGAGAUUUUCAUGCAUCUGAGUGACACUUACUCAGUGCUGGGGAUUCCUCUGUUCAGAGUUCCCUUAGCCAGCAGAACUUACAUCCAGACAGCUGGGCUGCGGUCGACUAUAGCAUGGGCCAUGGCAUCUAUUGCUGAAAUUAAGGCUGGAGCUCUGGUUCUGGAUCCAAUGUGUGGCCUUGGGACCAUACUUGUGGAAGCUGCUAAAGAGUGGCCAGAUGUGUAUUACAUGGGUGCUGAUGUCAGCGACUCACAGUUACUUGGUGCAUGUGACAAUGUGAAGGCCGCAGGCCUUGCGGAGAAGAUUGACUUACUUAAAGUCUCUGUCACAGAGUUACCACUGCCAUCACAAAGUGUUGAUGUGAUUAUUUCUGACAUUCCAUUUGGGAAAAAAUUCAAGUUAGGAAAAGACAUCAAAAGUAUUCUACAAGAAAUGGAAAGAGUGCUGCGUGAUGGUGGAGCCAUGGUCUUGCUGCUCAGUGAGGAUCACCACAGGUACCUUAGAGACUGUGGAGGCAAUGGCAUCCCCCUAACAUCCCAAGACAACAUCGCUGACCCUGAGAUGAAUCCUGACAAAAGAACUGGCACAUCAGACACAGCAUCGCCUUCAUGUAAAACCAGUAGCUCCCAGUGCCUGAGCAGAGUGUUGCCCUGUGGCUCCCUGGUGCCAGUGGAGUGCUUCAAAGUUAGCCUUGGAAAAACAGAUGCAUUCAUAUGUAAAUAUGAGAAAGUGCAUGCUCCUGGACUGUCUCCAGCUGGACACCAUGAGCCAGGAGCACAUCAGCAGAUGGCAGCCCUUCAGGAAUCCCCCCAUCUCCAGGAUUCCUCAGAGCCCCAGAGCUCAAGUGCACAGCCUCUGCAGAUGGGUGCAGCUAAGGAACAGCCUUGUUGAGUAAGGCUUUCUGUUCUCCAGGACUCCGUGUUCGUGACAAAGAGCACUUGGUGAAGAUUUUGAAGAUUCUGUCUGAAAACUGCUUCAUGCCAGAAAUCAAACUUAUUAGAAAUGAGAAACCUUUUAUGUGUAACUUUUUUUACAUAUUAAACUUGA